GUUUUCGCGCGGAGGAAAUAUUUUGGUGCUGCAACCAUCGAGGCUGCCUGCAGCAAUGAGUGCAGCUCAGGCUUUGAAAAAGCUCAUCUGCGAGCGACUAACCGCUGCUGCUGAAGAAAUAUUCACCGUGUUUGAACAGACUAUUAUCCAGUACGAGGAGGAGAUUGAUCGACAGCGCAAGUUGCUGCAAGUCAAGCAAGAGGCGAAUCUCCCCGGAGCAGAGCUCCCACAGUGCUAUGACUGCAGCGUGGAGCUGCGCUUUGAAGAGGAAACAAACUGUCAGGAGCAAGGAGAACCAGAAGGUCCACAGUCCAUAGAAAAACCAGGACUUCUACAGUUUGAAGAGGACCAGGAGAAACCAGGAGCUCCACGGAUCAGAGAGGAACAGGAAGAGCCAGGACUUCCACAGCUUAGAGCAGGGCUACACAACCCUGGUCCUCGUGGGCCGCAAUCCAGCAUGUUUUAGAUGUUUCCCUCUUCCAACACAGCUGAUUCAAAUGAUCAGGCUGAUAACGAUCCUGAUCAUUUGAGUCAGCUGUGUUGGAAGAGGGAAACAUCUAAAACAUGCUGGAUUGCGGCCCACGAGGACCAGGGUUGAGUAGCCCUGGCUUAGAGAGUACCAGGAUGAACAGGAACCUCCACACAUCAAAGACGAAUCAGGAUUUCUACAGUUUGAAGAGGACCAGGAGGAACCAGAAUCCAGAACUGAGGAGCACGAGGAACUCCAGGAGGGAGAGUGGCUCAAGCCUCCUUGUGAGGAAGAAUGUGGUCAAAUUGUCCAUAAAAAGCGUAGAACUCCUACUCCUAAGAAGAAAAACAUUUGUGAAUUCUGUGGUAAAAGUUGGGCUCGACCGAGUGAGUUGUUGGUCCGCAUGAAAACUCACACAGGUGAGAAGCCAUAUUCUUGUGAAACAUGUGGGAAAAGUUUCAGCACACGCAGAAUUGUGACAGUGCACAUGAGAACUCACACAGAGGAAAGGCCGUAUACUUGUGAAAUAUGUGGGAAAGGUUUCAAACAACAGUAUACUAGGUCGACCCACAUGAGAACUCACACAGGUGAGAAGCCGUAUUCUUGUUCGACGUGUGGGAGAGGUUUUAGUUUACAAGGUAAUUUGGUGGUGCACAUGAGAACUCACACAGGUGAAAAGCCAUAUUCUUGUGAAACAUGUGGGAAAAGAUUCCCUCGGUGCAGUAGUUUGUUGAACCACAUUACAAUUCACACAGGUGAGAGGCCAUAUUGUUGUGAAAUUUGGGGCAAAACUUUCAGUCUAAAGAGUCUCAUGUCCAGCCAUCAGAAAACUCACAAAAAGAUGAAGUCAUGAAAGACUCAAGGGGAGCCUUCAGUCAGGAAGUCCACUUUGAGCCCAAAAUCACAAUGUAGCAUGCGUUUCAUGUUCACCUUACUGAUUAGAAUUCGGUUGAGAGUGUGCUUCAGAAAUUGUUAAUUUGUCACACAAUAUGUUAACAUUUGAAUAAAUGUGGUUUCCAUUUGUGUUAAACUGCACAGAGGCUGACAAACAAUCCCCAGUCCUUUUGAAAUUUUUUUUUUUCUAACACCGCUGCUUUUUUGUGUAUUGAUGUUAAAACUAUUGUAUGAGCAGAUGUGAACUUCAAAGAAAUGAAUAUGAAACGUUAUUUUCAAUCCAAUGGGUGUUACUAUUGACUUUUUUUAUAUUUAAUGUGAAACAGCCAUGAUGUAACUCUUCAUUCUUUUGUGUUGAUUUGGAGAAAAUGCUUUUUGUUUUAGGGGAUAUGAUAUACUAAUAA